ACGUCACAUCCGCGACAAAAAAAGAAACAAAAAAAAAACCGAAAAAAAACCCCCACAAACGAACAAAAUGUUAUAUCAUUGCGUAGAGGCUGUGAGCUAACAUAGAGAAGAUGUGUUAUUUAAGACUAUAGCUUUGUCUCUUUCUUUACCGAUAUUGUUGGUUCCGUGGAUGUAAUAUAUGUGCUUAUGCUUGUUUAUCAGAUGGUGCCAGCCUGUAGUCUUUUAUGUGCUGCGAUGCUCUUCCAGAACGACUUCGGUAUGAACGGCUGACGCUUUAACGCCUCAGCGACGCACCAUAUAAAGUGGUCAACUUUAUUAUGGAAAAACACAAUCAAGAAUCUCCAUCUUCAAUACAGUCAAGUGGUAGAGGCUCUGUGUUUCGUAUACCAAAGAAAAAAGCAGAUGAUUGGUCAGAAGAAAUUCAUUUGAGUUCUCCUUUAUCAAGAUUAACUGAGCCUAGCUUCAAAAAUGUAACUACCCGAAAGCGCCCCGGGGAUUCCUCUUAUGCCUCUUUCAAUAGAACUCGAAAUAAGGACUCAAAUGCCUAUUACCAGUCAAAAUUUGAUCCAUACCGGUGUCGUAGAAGUGAACUCUGGGGGGUAUAUAACGAGCCAAAGUCACCAAGUAAAGAAGAGCCCUGUGAAGUCUUUAAAGCAAGAAGGUGUUCAGUGGAACUGAUAAGAAUUCAAGAAACAAUUCAGCAAAGUAAAGCGUGUAGAGAUGUUAGUAAUACAAGCAAUUCAUCCCUAAAAGAAACGAACAGUAGAAGGAGUUAUUACGAACAAGUUACGAGUGGGAGUUCUCAAAAGGAACCUGAACAAGAAACUAAAAGUCCUGUGAAUAUGAUUUCUUCUCCAAGUAAAAGCAAACGUGAUAGAACAUACUGCCAAAAACUUGCAGAACAGAUGCAUAAUAAAUCAAGUUUACUGCCAGAACAGGAUUCUGUCUGUGUGAAUGCCUCUCCUCUGGAAGAAAAUUUGCACUUAUCUACAGAUUCACCCAACAUUGGAAGUGUUUCUACAUUGAAGAGCAACAGUGGCACCACAUUAACUGGUGAUAUUUCUGGCAGUCCUAAUUUAGUUAAGCAUACAUCAAAUAAUGUACAGUUGUUCAAAAGAAAUGUGAAAACCCAUAUCUCCAAUAAAGCAACUCCAUCUUCAUCUGAACCAAUUGUGCUGUCAAGUGAUGAAGAAGAAAGGAGCCAUGGAGAAACUGCAGAAUCUGUUAUGGAAAAGCCCUUGACUGAAAUGAUUGACAUGAAUGAAGGCACUGAACAUAAUCAAUUGUCAUGUAAUGAAACUUCAAAGCUUAUGAAACAUGUUUAUCUUCCUGGAAAGGAAAUCUUGUUUAGUGUUCUCCCAGAGAGCAAAGUCUUAGAAUUAGAAUUUAUGAAUGCAUACAUUGGCACAAGGAAGGGACGAACAAUUGGCCCUGCUAAGUUUACUGCUAAAUCUAUUGAUAUACCACUGAGAGUGACCCUACAGAAAAAUUGUACAGUUUCAUUCAGCACAGCGGUACUGUGCAAGUAUGGUGUGUGGGAAACCGACAAAGACUUUGUGAGGAGCCGUGCUAUAAUCUUCCUCUGGGUAUCUUCUGACAAUGACAUAGAAAUGCAGCUAGGAACCAGCAUAAAAAACCCUGUGUCAAAACCAGUUGAAUUUAUUUUCCUUGAAUUAAAUGUCAUGCUUUCUAAAAAGGAACAGGAUGUACUGAACGAAAUAAUGAAUGAAGCCAGCAAGAAGGGAUCACCUGGUCUCAAAGAUAUCAUGUCUUGGCAGAUGGCUUGUCCCCUGUUUAAAGAUCUGCCACUUGCAGAAAAUGCAUUCAUGUCAAACUGUUUACCUGCCUUUCAAAAACAGCAGCCUCACCCACCAGAAGCUCUAACCCUCCCAGAGCAUUCAUCAGAGUGUUCAAGCCCAAAACAGGCUCCAAAUACUUACACUCUUUUGCAAAGGCAAACAGGCAGGCUUUAUUCUGCAUCCUUGGUACCUAAGCAAGAUAACGGAUGGACAGAAAUGAGGCAUGCUGGUUCUCUGCUGAAACUGAUAGUCUAUCCUCCUCCUCCAACAAAAGGAGGUUUGUGUGUAACAAAUGAAGAUCUGGAUUGCCUGGAGCAUGGAGAAUUUCUUAAUGAUGUGAUAAUCGACUUCUAUCUCAAGUAUCUUCUGCUGGAAAGGUUUCCAAAACAUUUUGCAGAAAGAUCUCACAUUUUUAGUAGUUUUUUCUACAAGUGCCUGACAAGAAAGGAGAUUGCCGCAAAUGAGAGCUGUGCAUCACUUCCAGCAGCUCAGCGGCGACAUCAGAGAGUGAAGACUUGGACUCGUCAUGUUGACAUCUUCACAAAAGAUUUCAUAUUUGUGCCAGUUAAUGAGAAUUCCCACUGGUAUCUUGCAGUGAUAUGCUUCCCUUGGUUAGAAAGUGCUGAAUUUGAAGAGAGAAACUUUGAUUCUACUAACCUAUGUGGUAAACCACCUAAAGAGGCCUCAAAUACUACAUGUUCAGUUAUUGUGUUCAAUGACCAUCUUGAAAAAGAAGAGGAAACUAUAGUUGAUGACAGCAGUUCUGAUGAUUCUACUAGGCCAUCUCCUCAUUCUGGAUCAAAUAAAAAAAAAAGUCGGGAAACUAAAGGGAACCUGUGUAGGAAAGUCUGUAAGAGACCAUGCCUUCUGAUCUUCGAUUCUUUGAAAUCUGGAUCUGUUCAAACUACUGUACAAGUUUUAAGAGAGUACCUCAAAGUGGAAUGGGAGGUUAAACGAAAAACUAUGCGCGAGUUCAGCAGGUCAAAUAUGCGAGAUUUUUAUCCUAAAGUUCCAAAGCAGAAUAACAGCACAGACUGUGGUUUAUUUCUUUUGCAGUAUGUAGAGAGCUUUGUUCAGCAACCUAUUGAAAAUUUUGAUUCUCCAAUACAUUUGGAAGACUGGUUUCCACUCACUGUGGUAAAGAGCAAAAGAGAAGAAAUUAGAGACCUGAUCCUGAAACUACAUUUACAGCAGGAUGGGAACAGUGGGAAUAAAUGUUAACCCAUGUACUUUGCACUGAAAAAUUACACAAUUGCUAGGAUGCAGUCUGCCUUAUUGUUUGUGUGAAAAGAUACAACGAAGCUUUGUUAUUAUUUUAAAUACCAAGAAACUUUAUUUAAAUGAAAGCUGUUAUGUAAAUAUUUAAUAAAUAUUUGUAAUUAAAGUCUAAGAA